AUGACUCGCACAUCCUCUUCCCGCUCCGCGGUCACCCGCGCCGCCUCCGUCUCCGCCAGCAAGUCCAAGACCAAGAAGACACAGGAAUACAAUGACCACCAAGCCGACCUCACAGCUCGGUACCGUGCUGCAAAGCUUCUGAAGAAGGAUCCGAAGUUCCAACUCCGCUCCGACAAGAAGAAAGCCACAAAGUUGGUAAAGUUCAAGGAUAUGGCGGAAAAGAAGGCCCAGGCUAAGCGCGCACGUCUCCGUGCUACUAAGGCUGCUAAAGUCGAGGACGAGGACGAAGAAGAAACCGAGGAGGAUGACGAGGAAGAAGUAGAGGAUGGAGAGGAGGCAGAAGAAGACGAGGAGGACGAGGAGCAAGAGAACGACCCGCCGUUGGAUUAUUAUACGUCCUUCAAGUAA